CAGUACAUCACUGCAGUGCGUCCAGGCUUUUCCCCGAACGCAGCUGCCUCCAGAUGCUUUAAGUCUCUUGCGUGUUCGAAAACACCUGCAUCAAAAUCAUGGCGGGAAAGCAGCUUUUUGCAAGCUUUGUGCUUCUUGUGUCGAUGACAUUGGUGAAUGGCGUACUAAAAUCUGGACCCCGUAUUUGGAGAACGCUGGAUAUCAGAAAGUUCGUCUGUACAAGGGAGCGUAUAUGGACAUACAGUACGAACACAAGCGAAUAUACUCGCUGCAAAAUGGACCAAGAGACGAGUAUGUCUAAUGGAUCAAUUUUCUUCAGACGGACCUACUUUUAUGACGAGCAAUGGCACUGGAUAGCUAAGAGCCUCGAGGGAGUCUUUCCAAAACAUCAAAAGAACUUGAUGCAUAUCCGCAACAAAGAUCAUCUGUUUAUUGCCAAGGAAAAAAUUGUUUAUAUGAAUGAAAAAUAUGGCUGCGCAGUGAUUAAGGUCACACAAGAGCUACUUGGCCAGCUACCCCAUUAUGACCUCCGCGUUUGGAACCGUUUCGUUACGCAGCGCCCUCACGAAAAAUGUGUGAAGCAUUUCGAAAAGUUGGCACCAAUGGGCAAGGUUAUUUAUGGACCAAGGUGCCAAGAAAUCACGAAGAUCAAAUAAAAUGGUCUAAAGUC